AUGGAUAAUCUUCGAGAAAAGAUAAAUCGUGCGUUGUUUAUAUGGAGAGAAAGACGUCGAAUGGCUAUUGUUCAUGUCAUAUGCCUUGUAGUUUAUUACUACAUGAUUAGAAUUCAUCCUCAAAGUAGGAUAGUUGAUCGUACAAUGAUCUUGGAGAAAGAGAGAGCACGAGAAAAAAUAAUGAAGCGAAUUGCUAGUAGUGAAGGACGUAAGAUAAUAAGAAUGGGGCCUAUAGCCUUUUUGGACUUGUGUGCAAUGUUAGAACGAGAGGGUGGUCUCCAAUCAACCCAACGGGUAAGUAUAGAGGAACAAGUUGCCAAAACCCUUUAUAUCCUAACACAUAAUGUUAGAAACCGAGAGGUUCAAUUAUGGUUUCGACGCUCUGGUGAGACCACUAGUCGGCAUUUUCAUCGUGUGCUUCGAUCAAUAGUGGAGUUAGAAGACAAAUAUCUUAAACAACCAGAUGGUUUACAAAUUCCUAUAGAAAUUUUUGGAAGCAAUCGGUUUAACACAUUUUUUAAGGAUUGUGUCGGGGCAAUUGAUUGUACACAUGUUCGUGUAAAAGUUCCAUUGAUUGAAGCCUCUAAAUAUCGUGGUAGAAAAGAUUUUCCAACACAAAAUGUGUUGGUUGCAUGUUCAUUUGACCUAAGAUUUACUUAUGUUCUGCCUGGAUGGGAGGGCACUGCUUCAGAUUCAAGGAUACUAAAAGAUGCACUACGCAGAACAGAUAAUCUUAGAAUACCUAGAGGUAAAUAUUAUCUCCUUGAUGCUGGAUUCAUGUUGAGAAAGGGGCUGAUCACACCUUACAGAUCAACACGCUAUCACUUGAAAGAAUUUUCCUCAAGAAACCUACCUCGAACACCUCAAGAAUUAUUUAACCAUCGCCAUUCGUCCUUACGUAAUGCUGUUGAAAGGGCUUUUGAGGUUUUGAAAAAAAGGUUUCCUAUUAUUGCUAGUGGCACAGAACCAACUUAUGAAAUCAAGACACAAAAUAGGAUUAUCAUAGCAUGUUGCAUUUUGCACAAUUAUUUGAUGAUGGUCGACCCUGAUGAAGAGUUGGUUGCUGAGGUGGAUGAAGAGAUUUCUGAACAAAGUGUAUCUGAACAACAUGGAGAUAUCCAUAUAGACGAGGAUGAGGAUGAAGAACAUACUCGUUUAGGAGAAAUUUUAAGAAAUUCUAUAGCUGAUGCUAUGUGGAGAGCUUAUAGACCAUGA